GAUUGCCAAUGGUUAGGUGUAACGUUUGCUCGCUCGGUGCCGUCGUUACAUGUGUGAGGAAGAGGGAAAGGGGGGAGGCUGAUAACUGGGCGAAUUCGGCACCCGAAAGCGCUGCGCUCCGAUGGGGUCGACGGGGAUGAAAUGAUGAUGAUGAUGAUGAUGAUGAUGAUGUCUAGCGUUUACUCUCGACGAUGACAACGCUCUCCUUUACUUGAAGUUCGAACCCAUUGGGUAGAAGACUCUCCUCCAUGCCCACCCUUCCUUUUACCCAAUCCAGUCCCUGCGACCCUGCGACUUUCCCCACCUACUUUCUCCUGCCACUCUUGUCCCACCUGAAACCACACCCUGCUGCUUCACCCAAACGCACCCAAGCCAAGGAUUUUGAACAGCACAUACUAAGAGCCAAUCAGGAGCCUUGAAGCCAUUCAGGAAAUAGCAACACAACUCAUGAAUCUACCUGAGCACUGAGGGGGGAAAAUAACAAAAAAAAGGAUAAUAAACUCGCCAAGAAGACAACUGGAAGUACGUGUCCAGCUUUGAAGAAGAAGAGCACAGCGAUUAGGAGAUUCCAGAGGGUGAAAACAAACUGAUACUUACUGAGAGACACGAAAUAGAGGAAAACUAAACAACCGCAUGCAUAAUAUCUGCAAUACUCCACACAACACAACAUUACAGACUGUUACCUCACAACUGCACCACCCGAAAAACACCCGCAUAUGUUGACGAGUUGUUUAUCUGUUUGCCGUAGAUUCUCAGGCACGCAAAAAAACCACGGUCCCACACUGUGAUCCUCGCUAAUUCCUCUUUGCAGACUUGUAGGACCAACGCAUACAGACACACGAUAGCAGAUAACACACACUCGCUCCUGUUCACGGCCUCAAGAUGAUGUGCGAGGUGAUGCCCACCAUCUCCGAGGACGGGCGGGGUGGUGCUGGAGGUGGCCCGUCCUCUCCUGCUGGAGGUGGUGGGGGUAUGGGGGGCGGUGCAGGGGGCAUGGGUGGUGGCUAUGGUGGCAGGGAGGCCCGCGGCGGAGAUGAAGGAGGGAGCACUGGAAACCUGGAGUCUCUGAUGGUGAACAUGCUGACGGAGAGAGAGCGGCUGCUGGAGAGUCUCCGAGAGACCCAGGAGAGUCUCGGCACGGCACAGCUACGUCUGCGAGAGCUGGGUCACGAGAAGGACUCGCUACAGAGGCAACUCUCCAUCGCACUGCCACAGGAGUUUGCGGUGUUGACCAAAGAGCUGAAUGUAUGUCGGGAGCAGCUGCUGGAGAGAGAAGAGGAGAUUGCUGAGCUCAAGGCAGAGAGGAACAACACACGGCUCCUGCUGGAGCAUCUGGAGUGUCUGGUGUCCCGUCACGAGCGUUCUCUGAGGAUGACUGUGGUGAAGAGACAGGCUCAGUCUCCUGCUGGAGUGUCCAGUGAGGUUGAGGUGCUCAAGGCGCUCAAGUCCCUGUUUGAACACCACAAAGCCCUGGAUGAGAAGGUUCGUGAGAGAUUGCGUGUGGCUUUAGAGAGAGUUGCCGUUCUAGAAGAAGAGCUUGAAUCAUCUACGAACGAGGUACUGUCUUUGCGGGAUCAGAUUAAAAGGAGAGAGCGGGGUUUGGACAAUGGAAAGGAGCGGCUCCCAAAUGGCCCGUCCUCCAUCUUGGAUGAUGGCGAGAUUGACAGACAGAGAGAGGGAGAGAUAGAGAGACAGAGAGCAGAGCUUUCACAGUUAAAAGAAAGACUGGCGCUCAUGUGCAGACAGGUUGGAGAGAUCGAGGAGCAGCUCACCACCGCCAGGAGGGAAUUAGCUAAAUCUGAGGAGGCCAAUCAGAAGCUGCAGAGGGAUGUGAAAGAGGCGCUGUGUCAAAGAGAGGACAUGGAAGAAAGAAUCACCACCUUAGAGCGCAGGUACCUCAGUGCCCAGAGGGAGGCAACCUCUCUCCAUGACAUCAAAGACAAACUGGAGAACGAGCUCGCCAGCAAAGAGUCUUUAUACAGACAGAGUGAAGAGAAGAACCGGCAGCUUCAGGAGCGACUGGAUGAUGCCAAACAGAAGCUCCAGCAGACCCUCCAGAGGGCUGAGACGCUGCCCGAGAUCGAGGCUCAGCUCGCCCAAAGGGUGGCGGCGCUCAAUAAGGCGGAGGAGCGGCAUGGCAACUUUGAGGAGAGACUGAGACAGCUGGAGGCGCAACUCGAGGAGAAGAACCAGGAGCUGCAGAGGGCAAGGCAGAGGGAGCGCAUGAAUGAUGAACACAAUAAACGUCUCUCCGACACGGUGGACAAGCUUCUGUCCGAGUCCAAUGAGAGGCUUCAGCUGCACCUGAAGGAGAGAAUGGCUGCCCUCGAGGAGAAGAACGCUCUUUCUGAGGAACUCGCUAACAUGAAGAAGAUCCAAGACGAUCUCUUAGCAAACAAGGAUCAACUAAUUGCAGAGCUGGAGAGGCUUCAGCUAGAGCUGGACCAGCUGAGAGGAAGACCUGGAUCCUCUUACUCACGAUCUCUGCCAGGAAGUGCUCUAGAGCUGAGGUACUCUCAAGGAGGCGGGUCACUUCCUGCCGGCUCCACCACUCACCUAGAGCAUUAUGGAAACACCGGCACAGGGGGUGUGGUCAGACGGACUCACCGUGGACGCUGGAGUGGUGCCAGGGAGGAUGCAAGCAAAUAUGGCGAUUGGGAAAGCGGAGCGCUGCUGGGCUCUGGUUUCGAGGGCGGUGUGGAGGACAGGUGUUCUGAUGAUGAAGAGGACCGCGAGACGCUUUUCGGCUCGGAGCUGCUCUCACCGAGCGGCCAGACAGAUGUGCAGACCCUCGCUAUCAUGUUGCAGGAGCAGCUGGAGGCCAUCAACAAAGAAAUAAAGCUGAUUCAGGAAGAGAAGGAGAGCACAGAGCUUCGUGCUGAAGAAAUCGAGAGCAGAGUCAGCAGCGUGGCUCUGGACGGGCCUCCCAUUCCACCGACCUCUCUGGGACGGGACAGCACAGGACGGGGCUUCAUCCCCCCAUCCCUCACAUCCUCCACCCUGGCUUCACCCUCUCCGCCCAGCUCUGGGCACUCCACACCCCGCCUGCCCCAUUCCCCCGCACGCGAGACAGACAGACAGAACAACAAAGAGGACGACAGGUCUCUGGCCUUACUGGACUCCACCCCUCCUCCCACCCCUCGUGCGCUACGAUUGGACAGGAUGACACACACUCACCCUGGUGCAUUGCUGGAUGACAGUCGCGAGUUUCGCAGCCUCUCAGCUGAUGGCAGCAGUUCAAACAGCAGCCAGGACUCCCUCCACAAGGCCAGUAAAAAGAAAAGCAUCAAGUCUUCCAUUGGUCGGCUCUUUGGAAAGAAGGACAAGGUCCGAAUGGGUCAGCCUGGGCGUGAAUCAACAUCUCUGGCCUCAACCCCUUCAGAUGACUUGGGCACUGUGGAUCCCCUCGGACUCACUAAGAUGGCCGGUCCGGUAGACAAGGACCGGCGCAGCAAGAAGAAGCAUGAGCUGCUGGAGGAAGCAUGUCGACAGGGUCUGCCCUUUGCAUCCUGGGAUGGACCCACUGUUGUCUCCUGGCUGGAACUGUGGGUGGGCAUGCCGGCGUGGUAUGUAGCAGCAUGUCGUGCAAACGUGAAGAGUGGAGCCAUCAUGGCAAACCUGUCUGACACAGAGAUCCAGAGAGAGAUCGGCAUCAGUAAUCCUCUGCACCGCCUCAAACUGAGACUGGCCAUUCAAGAGAUGGUGUCCCUGACCAGCCCCUCAGCCCCGGCUAGCACACGCUCCUCCACCAGUAACGUGUGGAUGACCCACGCUGAGAUGGAGUCCCUGACUGCAGCAACCAAACCAGAGCUGAAAGAGAUUAGCUGGGAUCAGAUCCUGGCCUAUGGAGACAUGAACCAUGAGUGGGUGGGCAAUGACUGGCUGCCCAGUCUGGGUUUGCCCCAGUACAGAAGCUACUUCAUGGAGUCUCUUGUGGAUGCCCGCAUGUUGGACCAUCUGACCAAGAAAGAGCUGCGUGGCCAGCUGAAAAUGGUGGACAGUUUCCACAGGGUGAGCAUGCAUUAUGGCAUCAUGUGCCUGAAGCGCCUCAAUUAUGACCGCAAGGAGCUGGAGAGGAGGAGAGAUGAGAGCCAGCACCAGAAUAAAGAUGUGAUGGUGUGGUCGAACGAGCGUGUGAUGUGCUGGGUUCAGUCCAUCGGCUUGAAGGAGUACGCAGAUAACCUGACUGAGAGCGGUGUUCAUGGAGCGCUGUUGGCCCUGGAUGACACCUUCGAUUACACUGACCUCGCACUGCUCCUGCAGAUUCCCAAUCAAAACACACAGGCACGACAACUUCUGGAGAAGGAAUACAACUCCCUCAUCUCAAUGGGAACAGAAAGGAGGCCAGACGAGGAUGGCACUAAGACGUUCACCCGCUCUCCUUCAUGGAGGAAGAUGUUUCGGGAGAAGGACCUGCGGGGUGUGACGUCUGACUCCUCCGAGACCCUGCCUGCUAACUUCCGUGCCUCAGCCAUCUCUACCCCCUCAGUCACGCUGAGGAAGGUCCAGAGCGAUGCAUCUCCAAGGGCAGAGUCUGGGUCAGUGAGGACCUACUCCUGUUGAGGGACUGCAGAGGAGGCAUCGUCGUCGGAAAGCUGGAACCGGCUUUACAUUUCAUUCACGGGGAGGAAGGGGGGAUAAGCAGAACAAAAAAAGCAAUGAAUAUAUACAUUUAUAAAUAUAACUCUACUGGUGUGACCAUUCUGCAAUAACAGAAGAGGGAUGGAGAAAGAGCAAAAAAAAAAAAAAAUGAAAUGA